CCCCGUCCCCUGCGGCCGCCACCGCCAACGCCGCCGGGACUGGAGCGCUGACACCACUACAUCCGCGGGUUUCCAGGCAGCCCGGAUCCGGGCCUUUAUUUCUCGCCUGCAGCGCUCAGCGCCGCGCCUCGAAAACAAUAGAAGACUGAGCUAGGAGACAGAUCACCGAGUGACAUGAAAAUGAGACGCCUUUCCAGGCCAAACACCAGAGCACCCUAGAAAGCAUAAUUAAAAGAAUGCUCAUGUUUGACCCAGUCCCUGUCAAGCAAGAGGCCAUGGAUCCUGUCUCGGUGUCAUACCCGUCUAAUUACAUGGAGUCGAUGAAGCCCAACAAGUAUGGCGUCAUCUACUCCACACCGUUAUCUGAUAAGUUCUUCCAGACCCCAGAAGGCCUGUCGCACGGGAUGCAGAUGGAGCCGGUGGACCUCACCGUGAACAAGCGGAGCUCGCCGCCCUCUGCCGGGAACUCCCCCUCCUCCCUGAAGUUCCAGUCCUUGCACAGGAGAGCCUCGCCGGGGCUGAGCCUGCCCUCGUCCAGCCCACCGGGGAAGAAGUACUCGCCGCCGCCGCCGCCCGGCGUGCAGCCCUUCAGCGUGCCACUGUCCAUGCCGCCUGUGAUGGCUGCGGCCCUCUCCCGCCACGGCAUCCGGAGCCCCGGCAUCCUGCCCGUCAUCCAGCCUGUUGUCGUGCAGCCCGUCCCCUUCAUGUACACCAGCCACCUCCAGCAGCCGCUCAUGGUCUCCCUGUCGGACGAGAUGGAAAAUUCCAGUAGUAGCAUGCAAGUCCCUGUAAUUGAAUCAUAUGAGAAGCCUCUAUUACAGAAAAAAAUUAAAAUAGAACCUGGGAUCGAACCACAGAGGACAGAUUAUUAUCCUGAAGAAAUGUCACCCCCUUUAAUGAACUCAGUGUCCCCCCCGCAAGCACUGUUACAAGAGAAUCACCCUUCAGUCAUCGUGCAGCCCGGGAAGAGACCUUUACCUGUGGAAUCUCCAGACACCCAGAGGAAGCGGCGGAUACACAGAUGUGAUUAUGAUGGAUGCAACAAAGUAUACACUAAAAGCUCUCACUUGAAAGCACACAGAAGAACACAUACAGGAGAAAAACCCUACAAAUGUACAUGGGAAGGAUGCACAUGGAAAUUUGCUCGGUCUGAUGAACUCACGAGACAUUUCCGAAAACAUACUGGAAUCAAACCCUUCCAGUGUCCAGACUGUGACCGCAGCUUCUCCCGCUCCGACCACCUUGCCCUCCAUAGGAAACGCCACAUGCUCGUUUGAAUGCCUCUAUCUCCCGCCUCAGCGUGGCUCCCACUCUCCCAGCUCUCUCUCUGUCCUCCCUCCCAUUAUCUAACUCAUCUUUUUACAUGUACAUUUUAAUUUUGAUUCAGCUGGUCUGAAUCUCUGAAUUUAUAUCAUUCAAACUUCCAUAUGGUCAGUAGUAAAUAUUCUCUAAUCCUUCCUCUCCUUACCACGGGUCAGACCUAAAGAAUGUGAACACUUUUUUUUUUUUUUUUUCCGGGGAUGCUAAGCAAACCCUUCUUAGAGAUAUGUUUAAUGUAAUGAAAGCAAGGGAACAUGUAAACUAACAUAACCAAUUGUUUCUCCAUGUAAUCCUCAAAAGAAUGUCAAAGUAAAUGUAUUAGAAAUAC